CUGAGAGGAAGUUACGCAAGGCGGAGGGGCGGGGUGGGCUCUGCACCGGAAGAGGCUCCCGGAUAGUAAAUAAGCCCCGAAAGGCGGUGUCUCCAUCUUGUCAGUGUCAGUGUCUAGCGACAUUGAGACGAUGGGGAGCGUCCUGGGACUGUGCUCCAUGGCGAGCUGGAUACCGUGCUUGUGUGGCAGUGCCCCAUGCUUGCUGUGCCGAUGCUGUCCUAGCGGAAACAAUUCCACUGUAACUAGGUUGAUCUAUGCACUUUUCUUGCUGGUUGGCGUUUGUGUAGCUUGUAUAAUGUUGAUACCAGGAAUGGAAGAACAACUGAAUAAGAUCCCUGGAUUUUGCGAGAAUGAAAAAGGUGUUGUCCCUUGUAAUAUUCUGGUUGGCUACAAAGCUGUAUACCGUUUGUGCUUUGGUUUGGCUAUGUUCUAUCUUCUCCUGUCUCUGCUAAUGAUCAAAGUGAAGAGUAGCAGUGAUCCCAGAGCUGCAGUGCAUAAUGGAUUCUGGUUCUUUAAAUUUGCUGCAGCAAUUGCAAUUAUUAUUGGGGCUUUCUUCAUUCCAGAAGGAACCUUUACAACUGUGUGGUUUUAUGUAGGCAUGGCAGGUGCCUUUUGCUUCAUCCUCAUACAGCUAGUUUUACUUAUUGAUUUUGCACAUUCAUGGAAUGAAUCAUGGGUUGAAAAAAUGGAAGAAGGGAACUCAAGGUGCUGGUAUGCAGCUUUGUUAUCAGCUACUGCUCUGAAUUAUCUGCUAUCUUUAGUUGCUAUUGUCCUGUUCUUUGUCUACUAUACCCAUCCAGCAAGUUGUUCAGAAAAUAAAGCAUUCAUCAGUGUCAACAUGCUCCUUUGCCUUGGUGCUUCUGUGAUGUCUAUACUCCCCAAAAUCCAAGAAUCACAACCAAGAUCUGGUUUGUUACAGUCUUCAGUAAUUACAGUCUAUACAAUGUAUUUGACAUGGUCUGCUAUGACCAAUGAACCAGAAACAAAUUGCAAUCCAAGUCUCCUAAGCAUAAUUGGGUACAAUACAACAAGCACUGUCCCAAAGGAAGGGCAGUCUGUCCAGUGGUGGCAUGCUCAAGGAAUUAUAGGCCUAAUCCUGUUUUUAUUAUGUGUAUUUUAUUCAAGCAUCCGCACUUCAAACAAUAGUCAGGUUAAUAAACUGACUCUAACAAGUGAUGAAUCAACAUUAAUAGAAGAUGGUGGACCCAGAAGUGAUGGGUCACUGGAAGAUGGAGAUGAUGCACACCGAGCUGUAGACAAUGAAAGGGAUGGUGUCACUUACAGUUAUUCCUUCUUUCACUUCAUGCUUUUCCUGGCUUCACUUUACAUCAUGAUGACCCUUACCAACUGGUACAGGUAUGAACCUUCACGUGAGAUGAAAAGUCAGUGGACAGCUGUCUGGGUGAAAAUCUCUUCUAGCUGGAUUGGCAUUGUGCUGUAUGUUUGGACACUAGUGGCACCACUUGUUCUUACAAAUCGUGAUUUUGACUGAAUGGGACCUCUAGCAUGAAAGUCCCACUUAGAUCAUUGUUUAUUUGAAAUUAACAGUAUUUCCAACUUUUGUUAAGUUGUGUAUGUGUGAACUUCCCAGGUAACCUCUCCAGUGUCUGGCAUGUAUUAGAUUUUACAAGCUUGCCAUUUUAUUCAUUAUAUUCUUGCCAAGCUCAUUGAUGUGUGUGUUAGAAUGAAUCAAAGAAUUUUUUGAGUAUGAUGGUAAGUUAGGAAAAGUAGUUAGAUUUAUCAUUGCUGCACAUGUGAAAUUAAAAGUAAAAACUGCUUAACAGUUUGAUUUUUAAAUUGUGUAGGAACUUGCUGACUUACAAAGUAUACAAAGAAACAUACUUUGUAAAAAAGACUGCCUUUUGAAAUAUUUGAUGCCUUGCACUAUAGGAGACUGCAAAAAAUGUCACUUUCUAAGAUCAGAAUUUACACAGGAAAGAGGGUUUGAUGGACAACAGUGUAGCUUAUGCAGGAAAUUGAGGCACAGAGCCUUCAAAGAUGGUCACAUUGGUAGGUACUAAAUUGAAUACCCAACUAAGUUAUAAUAAUUCUGAGCUAGGGAUAGUCUCCCAUACCAAUAGUGAAUUUUGUUAUUAUAACAAAAUUUUGUUAUUAUAAAUACAGAAGUAUGGCUUCAAUGGUGAUGCUAGGGGUCAAAAGACAGAGUUUUAAGAGAGAUAAUUGCGCUAAAAGGAAGUUAUGAAAAUCACUUUGAAAGUUCUUUCUGAAAAUCAAAGAUGGACAGGAAGAAACUGCUAAAUACUUGACCAUAGUAUGAAAGCAAAAUCUAGUCAGUCUUUGUUUAAAAAAUGAAACUGAAGUACAGACUUAAACAUUUCAGAGGCAAAGCUAGGAAAAUCCAAGUCUGCCAAAAAUAACCCAUAUUCUUUCAGGCAAUGGAAAAUAAUUUCUAUUCAAAGUAAAUGCAUAAUAGAUUUUAUGCCUCAUUAGUAAUCUAUGUGAUGUGGAUUGCUGGUGUCUAGCAUGCCUUCUACCUGUAAACUUGAGGUCAGGAGUAUGAUGGAAUGCUGUAGUAUAAAAUGCUUACAGUACACUGUACAGUUCAAAAAGUUUUUAAAUGCUUUUGUAUUUACUGCCAUCUAAUCAAAAAUAGAUUAUAAUCUUUCAACCUGCAAAUCAAGCAUUAUGAUUGUUAGCUUCGAUAGAAACUUAGUUAUUUGUGUUAUUAGUGACUUAAUGAAUCAGAAAAUCUACAUUUGCUUCUUUUAAGAUAUCAAUGCAAAUGAAAUGUAACAAUUCAAAUUAAUUCCCCAAUUUUAUUGUGUGUGGAUACUGUGGUUCCAUGAUUUUGAAUGGCUGUCUGUGUUCUAUCUAAAUAAAUGAAUUCAGAAGAAGUAUGUUGUGAUUUAAUUAUUUAGCAAGUC